AUGGCCCACUAUGCCCAAGGCCACAGCCGGGAAAUUGCUUCGCCCUGUCGCCGCUUCGCCGGUCUCCGCCUGAAGCUUGCAGAGUUUGUGCCAGGCACGAGCUGGAGCACGCAUUCCUGGACCUGGCGAAGGUGCGAAAAUGGAAGGACGGUUCAAGAGAUGCUGCGGGAGACACCGAGCCUGGCGCGUGCGCAGCCGGCGGGCCGCUGGUCGGCGCUGCACCAGGCGGCCUCGGCAGGCUGCGAGGACGUGGUGGCCCAGCUCCUCGGCAGCCGUGCAGACCCCAAAGCCAAGACGAGUUGCGGGAAGACAGUCCUGGAGGUUGCCACCGGCUCAGUCAGGCAUUUGCUGUUCGAUAAGACGCCUAUAGUUAUUGGCUCGGACGAGGAGGCACCUUCGAAGCGGCAGAAAGUAGGACUGAGCGUUCCCGCUCCGGCCAUCAUCAAGAAGGAGGGAUACUUCGAGCUGUCCUCGCCGGGCGGCGUCCUGAAAGGCAGCUACACCUUUGACCACGCCUCCGCUCACAUCCGCAGCGGAGGUGCCGCGGUGGGUGUCUUCAGCUCCGAGCCUGUUGGAGAAAGGCCUUUUUUGCCAAGUCUCCUGGCAACGCAAGGGCCGUCUGCCUUGAUUCCGCAGGUGACAGUUGUCAGCGGCGAGAUCAUGGAAGAGAUCCAGAAGCCUAGCAAUGAGGGCGCCUUCUUCGUGCUGCCCUCGCAGCUCAACGGGGCAGAGUAUCCGAUGCAUAACUACGUGGUGGAGCAGAUCAACAAGUACAAGUAUGACAAAACGGGUGGCCCUCGGGGCCAGCUGGCAGUGCAUCCAGCGGUGGGCCAAUUCAUCCUGGACAAUGCUGCCUGUGACACCAGGCCAAAGGGCCUGGAUGCAACCGACCUCCUGCUGGCCAAGGCGAAGGCAUCGCCCGCCUGGCCCAAGGGGUACAACCUCCACGUGCGGAAUGGGUACAUGGCAGUGCCGUACUGUUCCAAAGAUGAUCAGGCAGGCCUUCUGCAGGUGCUGCGGGAGCAGCUGCAUUGGCUGCGCUGCCUCUGCGCCCAGGAGAGGUACCCUGCUCAGGCCUGA